AUGAAAAGUCCGAGAAGAUGCGCAGCCGCAGAUUUAUAUGUUCGAUCCUUCACGACAUCCUCUGUGCUACAGCAUGGUGAUAUUACGCCACCCAAACCGGGAGAAGAGCGAAGGGUGACCUUCAUCGACAAGGAAGGUCAAGAGCACACAUUUGAAGUGGCAGAUGGCGACAAUCUGCUGGAUAUAGCGCAAGCCAACGAUCUCGAGAUGGAGGGUGCAUGCGGUGGAAGCUGCGCGUGCAGUACAUGUCAUGUUAUUGUUGCAGAAGAUGAGAUGUUUGAUAAGAUGGAAGAGCCUUCGGAUGACGAAAAUGACAUGCUCGAUCUGGCAUUCGGCUUGACGGAAACGUCACGCCUAGGCUGUCAGGUUGUUAUGAGCAAGGAAUUAGAUGGCCUGGUGGUGAAGCUGCCAUCUAUGACUCGAAAUCUCCAAGCUUCGGACUUCGCGGAGAAGAAGUAGAUGAGGCUGCUAAGCUCGUGGAGCUUCUUUUGCACAUAACAUAUCUUAACGCUGCUAACGACGUGUAUCGCAUAGAUGAGCGGCGCCCGCGGUCAAUUGCAUAGCGCGGAGUCGGAGGGGAACAUUAGUGCGUACUGUACCUCUAUUCUAUGCAGCUGCUGGUCGCUGCCAGACAGCCGAAUGAUCUCCAUUCAUCGAGCGCCAUGAUAUUCGAGCACCGUUCUUCCUCCAUGUGAGCCUGUGGAGUGAAGCGAUCCUGCGCCGGAGCUUCAGUUCAAGCGAGCACAGCUGCAACAUAAUACGGCGUAUUAUCGAAAAUCGAUGACAUCUGAAGAGCUGUAUGUCUCGUCCCUCCGAUUGUAACCACUGGAAUCGAAGCUGUUGUCAUCGUCCUAGCUCUGCGAUAUGAGGAUGCAGGAUUACUUGGCGGAUAAGGGUAGCUCGAUGUUGUCUGGAGAGCAGAUUGAGUCAAAGAAUGGAUCUGUUGGCAUGUUUGGCAGCGCAGCUGCCAAUCUAGACACCGCGGCCACCGCCCGCGAAAAUCCAAGUUGUCCGCCAAGACCGAAAUGAUUGGCUGAGAAAUUUCGCAGAAGUAAUAUGCAAUCAAAGAUUGAAGGGAAAUUUGACUUACCCCGGAUUUCAGCGUAGAACGUCAAUCGAAACAAAGAUUAAAGGGG